ACCGAGUAUAAUAUUGUAUUGCUUUCGCUUUCGUGUUCUAAUUUUUAAUGUGUUUUAUAUUCAUGUAGAAACAAUACUUAAUUGUACUACAAUAAAAAAUAAUGAUAGCUUUCUAUAUUAACAAGUUAAGUUUUCAUUACGUAUCUGUCGUAUCUUAAUUGUAAUUCCUUUUGUUUACUAUCGAGUCGCAUCUCUUAAAGAUGGAUGAAACUGUGGUUCUGAUUUUGUUAGCUUUAGUAAUGUUAAUUGGCUCCUACGUGUCUGGAAGCAUCCCUCUUAAUGUGUCUAUGUCUGAGGAAAAACUUCUUAAGGUGACAGUAUUCGGGGCUGGUCUCCUCGUUGGUACAGCAUUAGCGGUCAUCAUCCCGGAGGGUGUUCGUUCCUUAUUUGCUGAACGUGCAAUCACAGUUGUAACUAAGGAUUAUACCCCGGAACCAGUUGAAAAGCCGGAUUUGCAUUCGGUUAUUGGAAUAUCACUUGUCUUGGGUUUCAUAUUCAUGCUGUUAGUGGAUCAGAUAUCUACUCGGUAUAAUGGAUCCACGAAUCCCUUAGAGCGUAAUGUCACUGCCACGGUGGGGCUCGUGGUACACGCAGCCGCGGAUGGUAUAGCUCUUGGCGCGGCAGCUACAACGUCACACGCUGAUGUCGAACUAAUAGUAUUUCUUGCUAUCAUGCUUCACAAAGCACCGGCUGCUUUUGGCCUGGUCACCUUCUUAUUACACGCUGGAUUAGAAAGGAACCGUAUCCGCAAACAUUUGCUGAUAUUCUCGUGUUCCGCGCCCCUAUUUGCCGUUAUUACCUACUUCGGUAUCGGCAAUGAUAGCAAACAAACUCUAUCCGACUUCAAUGCUACAGCUAUCGCCAUGUUAUUCUCCGCGGGCACAUUUUUAUAUGUGGCAACUGUCCACGUUCUACCAGAGAUAACAAAUCCGCACCCAACACACACAUUACUACCUAUACAGGAUGGUAUUCCUCCAAAACGCGGAUUCGCAGGGUUGCAAGUCAUUGACACGCUGAUUUUGGCUUUUGGCGCCAUGUUGCCAGUUCUGUUAACUAUGGGCCACGAACAUUGAUAUUUGCCUUUCGUGUACAAUAUCUCUAAGAUGCUGUACCGAGUUGUCUUGAUAAUGAUGUGUUUUAAUCUGUAUUUGCGUUUUUGUAUAUAUUUGCUCCAACGAGACCGCGUGAUGAAGAGGAAUUAAAUUGUUUACAGAAACUUUAAUAUUUUUUUUUACAUUUAAAAUUACCAAUAUUGACUAUUAUAUUUACAUAUUGUAAGUAGCGAUAAUUAUGGCAACAUUGAACAUAGAACUUGUAUAUUUUAUUACAUCUCCAUCUGUAAAACAUACAACUUUAUUCACUAUAAUCAUUUCAUUGUUGUUACUACUAUGAAAUACUAGAAUCUACUCAAAUUCGUUAUUAUUUCCGAUGAAAUUUGUAUUUUUCUAUGUUUUUAUCAUAUCGCUGUUAGUAUCUUCAUACGUAAUAAAAAUAUAAUUAUUCAUGAACAUGUAGGCCAAAAUAUGUGGUAUAGAAAUGAUAAGACUUAUGUUAUUUGGUGUCUAAUAUAACAUAAAUAAUUGUAGAAAGAUCUGGCAACAUUGCCUUUCUACUGUCUAUGGUACACUAUUUCUUAAACUGCUGCUAGUGAUUUUAAAUAAAUAAAACCUAUCUCUAAGUAUAGAAGCGAGAUGUGUCUCGAAUUUUAAUUAUAUAAACUUUCUAUUUGAUAUAAAUAACUUAUGAGUACAGACUGUUAAGCCUGUAGACUGUAUAAAGUUUCGCUAUAGGUUAUUUGACAGCGCUCAAGGCGAGAUUGACCUGAGAUACGAAUUAGAAUAUGGACCUAAGUGUUAUAAUUAUUUUAUUCGAUUAAGCACAAAGUUGUACUUUUAGCGGUAAGAGGUAUGUACUAGUAGAUUUUAAAGAAAUUUUUGAUGUUUAAAAUAAAAAAGCUCAUUUUCCAAUACCUGAGAACUCGUUAAUUUAUUGGUGUAAAAUGCUGUAAAUUCUAUAUUUUCUAAAUUACUCAAAGGAACAAAAAUGAGCGGACAAUACUGCUUUAUUAUGAAAGUAAUCAAACUAUUUAUUAGCUUCUAAGAUCUAAGUUUGUGAUAGUUUUGUGAGAACUGUUUUAUUGUGUGUAUUGUUAUUUUUUAAAUGUUCAUUAUAAUAACAAUAUAAAUUGCAUCAUAAAUCUUUAAUGUAAGUUUUUGGUUACCAGUUAAGAAACGUAUUUUGCGUCUUAUCUGUGGUUAAGUUUGAAAUACAAGGAAACAGACAAAGAUAAUAGACUGAGACAUUCUAUGCACCUUUGAAAUACAUGACGAAUUUUAAAUAUGGUACAGAUACUAGUAUAAAGACAGAUAAAGCACAGAUAUAUCGCUCUCCCUUUCUCGCAUAAUGACCGGUUUUCUCAGUCCAUUGUUAGUGUCAAGUUAUAAUAUAAGUUUAUGAGUUUCCUAUGUAUGUUUAAUGUAUUUUUCUCAUAGAGAGAAUUGCUCAAACAAAAGUAUUUUAAAUGUCUCGAUGUUUAUUUUCUAAUUUAUGUGUAAAAUUUCCAGCCAAUAAUUCGGCUAGUGUCAUCAGGAGUAUUUUAAGAUUUUUCUAGUUCUCUCCUGAUUACGUCAAGUUAAGUGUCGAUGCUAUUUUUACGCUCGUAGACUUUAUACAGAAACAGAUCUGUGACGACUCGUUUUAAAUCCGCAAAUAAACUUUAUUAUCUGUGUACCAAUAAACAAUAGGCCUAAAUAAAUCUUAAUAAUUGUUGUAAAUUUAUCAAAAUAAAUGCUCUAUAGCAACUUUAUUUUUGUUCAACUACCCGCAGUUUUGUAGAAUUUUAAUUUCUUAUAUGCUAAAUAU